UUUAUUUGUUCUUCUAGAGCAGAGUUUGCACUCAGACUGUUGAUGAUAGACCGGGGCUGUUCCUUGCCAUGGUCUUGUGGAGGGAGAAGUUUUAGGACUAUGUUAAGGAGUCUUCCCCAAGAAUUUCAAAAUCUUCCCCAAGAAUUUCAAAAUCGUGUGCACAACUUGGUUGUUAUGUUUUGCAUGAGAAAUUCAGCCGUGUUGGUGGCCAUCCACAAUGUUAUGUUGUGCACAUGCAACAAUGGAGAUUCUGUUUCCAGUGCUUCUAAUACAUGUAUAUUCAACAAAGCAUAGCUGAAAUGUGUGGAAUAAUGUGUCGCUCAUAAUGGUCCACUUCGUGGCUGUAACAUGAUUAACUACAAUGCCUAUCUUCAGUCAUGCUGUUAGAAGCAGUUGAAAUCAUUAGACACACUGAAUGCAGCUGUAGUUUCCAGCAAAUGAUCUGUAUUUGAGUCUUUGAGACAAUGGGUGGCAAUAGUUUAACCAUUACUGUGGGCUAUACGGUGAUAAGUCUCAUAGCCCUGUCAUGGAGGACAUAUUCUGUGCUUAAUGAAGUCAUUUCAGAUGUCUCUGUUGCUGGAGAUGGUGAUCUUCUGGCUGGACAAGCAGCUCGUUUGUUGAGUUUGCUUCUAGACUCAUAUGUCACAGUUGCAUUGUUGGUGAACCUCAUAUUAAGUGUUUUUGUUACAGCCAUUCUGUGUCUGAAGACAAUAUUUUUUGGACGCCUAUCUCCUGUUGAGACUACUAAGACCUUUGAGCAUCUUAUUAACUAUGUCAUUCAGAAGCAGGGAGCCUUUAUUCCUUUGGUUAUUCACCCAGACUUUUUCCAAGCAAUCUUUUGGAUGGCAUGGUUUAUGGUUAUUUCUUCUUUGAAGUUGUUUGAAGGACUGGCAAAGGAACGACUAGAGCGCUUGAAUGCAUCACCAUCGACAACUCCAUGGAUAUAUUCUCGUGUAUAUCUUGUUUUGUUAUCAGUCCUCUUCAGCGAUAUACUUUGGAUAAGACUUUGUGUCAUGGUAUAUAGAGCUUCAGAGUCAUCCUCAUGUCUGCUGCUGCUGUUUGAGCCUCUUGGUAUUGCAUUUGAGACAAUGCAGGCUAUUAUGGUUCACGGAUUGCAGCUCGUUGACACAUAUAAUCGUUGUUCCAUGGAUAGAAAUGAGGGUUGCCAUGGAAAUCGGCUGUUUGAUGGAUCCGGAUUAGGUUCAUUGUGGGAGUGGAAAGAUAUGCUGAUCCGGAACUUUGGCUUUGUAUUGGAUGUGAUGACCUUGUUGAUGGCAAUGGGUCAUUACAUGCAUAUUUGGUGGCUUCAUGGACUUUCGUUCCAUCUCAUUGAUGCGGUCCUUUUCUUAAAUUUGCGUACCUUGUUGGCUGCCCUGAUAAAGCGUGUGAAAGGUUUCAUUAAAUUGAGAGUAGCUUUGAAUGCUCUUCAAGGAGCACUUCCAGAUGCUUCUACUGAUGAGAUACUUGCCUACAAUGACGAAUGUGCCAUUUGUAAGGAGCCAAUGGCCACUGCAAAGAAGCUCUCUUGCAAUCAUCUGUUCCACCUUUCUUGCUUAAGAGCAUGGUUGGACCAGGGUAUGAAUGAGGCUUAUUCAUGCCCAACCUGUCGAAGACCACUUGUUAUGGGUAAUCAUGAACAGUCCAUGAAUGACCAAGCAAGGCAAGUUGCUGAUGAUGAGCAACUUGCUAGACGGUUGAGUUCUGGUAUUGAUCAAAGUGCAUCUGGACAUGACCUAAUUGGAGGUGGUACAGUUCCUAAUCAGCCACAGGGUCCAGGAAAUAGUAUAUGGAGAACGGGUCUUGAUGCAGGUUGGGUGAAUUCCUGGCCAAACGUGAGUCUAGAUGGUGCUGGACCAUCAACACCUGUAAUAAGCUCAGUUGGUUUUGGAAGGGUGCAAAUGAUGAUGAGACACCUUGCAGCAGUUGGUGGAACAUAUGCACACGAUACAUUGGAUGACACUUCUUGGAGCCUGUGGCCCAUGGCACAAACCCAGAUGCCUUCAGGUGCCCCACUUCCUCCAUCUGGUACGAGGUACUCCGGUAGCGUGGAUGGCCUGCGUUUGAGGAAUCCAUCUUCCUCUCGGACGGAAAACAUAUCAAGUCUGUUGUCCAUGGCUGAUACGGUGAGGGAAGUGUUGCCUCAUAUUCCGGAUGAAAUGAUUUUUCAGGAUCUACGGCGCACCAACUCAGUCGCUCUUACUGUAGAAAAUCUGCUUCAUCUGUGACUGCCAUGUUGUCUUUGUUGUAUGUGUUUGCCUUCAACUCCAACAUAGCGGCGAUAGUCCUGUAUAUUCUUUGAGCUGUGACCACAAAGAGCUCCUAAAUUUGUGGAGACCUGUGACAUUCACCUUUCCAUGUUAUUGUUGUUAGUCUUUGCAUGUGCCUCAAAUAUGUAUAGAGAAGGGAAUGAUCCCAAAUAUGAUCAUUAUAGACAAUCAAAAUUACAACACCCAAAAAGCUUGUCUGAAACAUAUGUCGUACCAAGGGAUUAACUAUAUAUUGCUUGCA